AGACGAGGAAGUAUGUGAUGCACCUUGCCAUCUAAGGUGCAUGAUACAGAUCAACUCAGUUUGAAUCCCUUUGCCAUUUCCAUCGAAUCGAGAACUCUCUCUCUCUCUCUUCCUCUAUACGCUCCUCUCACUCUCUCUCAUUCCCUUUAAUUUGAAAAUUCUUGUUGCAUCUGCAUACGCGCACUCGUGACUCCUUUUCAUUUAUUAGUUUGUUGUGUGAACCCUCUCCCCCCUCACCCACCCGUAACAAUAACAUCAUUCUUUCCCUUUUUGUUUUCGGUAAAUUAAACCCUCUUUCUUAUUUUGAAUUUUCCAUUCCUUUUAUUCCUCUCUGUAAUGAGCUUCUGAUCAUUCAGUCAUUUCAGGAACAUUUGCCAUAUAAAGGCAGAAUUCAUUCUUUGACUAGAGAGGUGUAAUUAGAGUAAACACCCAAAAUUGGUUCCCAAUGAAUUUCAGAUCAAAUACUUUGGUCCCCAACAAACUUUCAUUACUGUGGAAGUCCCUAACAAAUUCUGAGGGACUUCUAGAGUAAUAAAAAUUUGUUAUGGAGCAAAGUGUCCAUUUUGGAAAUUUUUGGGGCAAUAUGAGUGUUUACUUGUAUAAUUCAUUGGUUGUAAUUGAGGAGAUGUGCAUAAGGGCUGUUGCAGAUUGCUUUUAAUAGCAUGGCAUCAAGUAAUCCAUUCUUUGACGAUAUAAGGACCAAAACUGAAGUUGAUCCCCCUCAAAAUGAGGAGGCAACAGAUGUUAGUGAAUUAGUAAAUGAUCCUGCCCUAACUUCUCUCAAACCUAAUGGGACUGUUUCAAGCAGUGUUCGUGAGCUUUUAGAGUGUCCUGUAUGCCUGAAUGCAAUGUACCCUCCAAUCCAUCAGUGUUCAAAUGGCCACACGAUAUGCUCAGGUUGCAAACCAAGGGUCCACAAUCGGUGCCCUACUUGUAGGCAUGAACUUGGCAAUAUCAGAUGUUUAGCACUAGAGAAGGUGGCUGCAUCUUUGGAACUUCCUUGUAAAUAUCAAGGUUUUGGGUGUAUUGGUAUCUAUCCAUAUUAUAGCAAGCUGAAACACGAAUCCCAGUGUGCAUAUAGACCAUAUAACUGUCCAUAUGCUGGUUCAGAAUGCUCAGCUAUGGGUGAUAUACCCUACUUAGUGGCCCAUUUGAAAGAUGAUCACAAAGUGGACAUGCACAAUGGUAGCACUUUUAACCAUCGUUAUGUCAAAUCAAAUCCACAAGAGGUUGAAAAUGCCACAUGGAUGCUCACGGUUUUCAGCUGCUUUGGUCAGUAUUUUUGUCUACACUUUGAAGCUUUUCAGCUAGGAAUGGCUCCUGUCUACAUAGCCUUUUUGCGAUUUAUGGGUGAUGAUAAUGAGGCAAAGAAUUAUAGCUACAGUCUAGAAGUGGGUGGAAAUGGGAGGAAGAUGAUUUGGCAGGGUGUUCCUAGAAGCAUUAGGGACAGCCAUCGCAAGGUUCGUGACAGUUUUGACGGUCUCAUAAUUCAGCGGAAUAUGGCUCUAUUCUUCUCCGGCGGCGACAGGAAAGAAUUAAAGCUAAGGGUUACCGGUAGGAUCUGGAAAGAACAGUGACUGAUUAGAGAGAUUGUGUCCUAGCAGCAAUGGUAUUAGAGUGAAGUAGUUUGUAGCGCAGCGUAUUUCUUAUAGUGAUGAAUAUUCUGGUCAUGUAUUUUGUUUUGUCAUGUCAUUUUGGGGGCAAACACUCUUUUGCUAAUCCUUGUAUCAAAUACAUGAACAAGAAGUAAUGGUGUAAUGUACGAUCACUAUGAUAAUUGCCAAUAGAGAUGUAGAACCUUAGCCUGCUCUGUCUAUGUUUUUUUUUUCAUCUAUAGUAGUCAAUGGUUAAGAGAAGCUGAACAAACGUUCUUGUUAGGCAUAUUG